GACAGUUUUGUAAAAUGGUGUACAUAUGUCAUAUGAUAAAGCAUCUUGCGUUGAAAAGACAAAAUCCAACUCUCUCGCAUCUCUUGAGCUUUACAUUUUGUCAACUAUAUCAUAUAUAAAUAUAGAUGAGUCCUUUCAUACUCUCUUCUAAACCGUCCAACAAAACCUUUUUAGUCUUUUUUCCAAAAACAUACAAAACAUAAAAAAAAAACAAGAAUUUAGUUUUGUGGCCUAUUGAUUAGCACACCCAUAUGCUUAGAAUUUCUUCAUCAUCUUCCAUGGCCUUGAAAUUUUCUCAAAUUCUCUUCAUAGUUUUAUGGCUAUCUCUCUUCUUUCUCCUCCUCCACCACUUGUACUCCCUCAACUUCCGUCGUCUCUACUCUCUAAACGCGGUGGAGCCAUCAUUGUUGAAGCAACACUACCGUAGCUAUAGAUUAGUGAGCAGAAAAGUUCUCUCCGACAGAUUCGACUUCACACCUUUCCAUAGCCGAGAUAACAGCCGACAUAACCAUCGUUCCGGCGAGCAAUACGACGGUGAUGAGAUAGACCCUCGUUACGGAGUGGAGAAACGCCGUGUUCCCUCCGGACCCAAUCCGUUGCACCAUUGAUGAUUACACGUGUAUGGUAUGUGUUGUAACAUUAAAGACAAAGAUCAGAUCCUUUGCCUAGCUAGCUUUUUUUUAUAAGGAAGAAAAUUAAACGUUAGAGCUUUUUUUUGAAGGUACAUUUCUACAAUUUGGGUGUUCAUACAUUUUAUUUUAUUUUUCUUAUUAUUUUGACGAUUGUAUUCGUGAAUAUGUUGAUAUAUACUAGAGAUAUUGACAUCUUGAUUAUUGUUUUCUACUGUAUGUAGUAAUGUUGGCUGCUACGUAUAUUGAUUACUAGUAGGAGUAUUAGUUUAAUAGUAUAAAUAAAAAAAGAUUGGUCGUUGAUUACAAUGAUGAAUGUUUAAAUAAUUGCUUUGACUUUGGGAUUAGCCAACCAGUAGCUGCGACGGCACGUCACAACUCAGAGAUAUUCUAGAUGCAUUAUUGUACCAAAACUAAAUAACAAUAAAUGGU